AUGUCAGCCGAUGAGAAACCACUACCAGCUGGAUGGGAGAAGCGCAUGAGUCGAACUAAUGAUCGCGAGUAUUACUUCAAUUCGGCGACUGGUCGCAGCCAAUGGGAGAGACCAAGCGAGUCAGCAUUUACCAAGGGAAGCGAGUUGUCGAAAGUUCGCGCGCUUCACAUUCUCGUCAAGCACGCGGGUAGCCGCAAUCCAUCGAGUUGGCGCUCGGAUCAUAUCACGAGAAGCAAGGAAGACGCGAUGAAAAUCAUCGAUGGAUUCAUUGAGGAACUUCGACAAGCUCCUGAUCUUGAGGCGAAGUUUCGAGCUAUCGCCAAGGAAUAUAGCGAUUGUAGCUCGGCAAAACGCGGCGGAGAUUUGGGAUUCUUCGAGCGCCGUCAAAUGCAGAAAGCUUUCGAGGACGCUUCAUUCGCAUUGGAUGUCGGAGAGAUGAGCGGUCUCAUCGAGACUUCUUCCGGAAUUCAUGUCAUCCUUCGCAUUGAAUAA